AUGGAGAGCAUACUAGAGGGCAUCCGCUGCAUGCCCUCUCGCCGCUCCCUUAAGUUCAUACCCGACCCCCAUGCUCGCCACUUUCUAGCGUUCGACGCUGCCAUCAGCAAGGAGGAUCGCUUCAUCCUUUUAAUGGAGCUUUUUGUCUUUUACAAGCAGCUGGUGGACCCGGACGUCGUAAUGGGGUACGUUCCGGCGGAUUACCUUCCCGAGGACCUUGUCGAGGUGAGGGUAAUAACCGAUCCGCGGCACCCAGCUUACCGCCAGAGUGGGCUCUUCGCUAAGCGCACGAUUCCUAACAACACUAUUGUUACGCCGUACAGCGGGUUGAUUGAGGUAUUCUGUACGUCGUGUAACUCCCGGACGUACACAAUGGGGUUCGGCAAGAUCAAUGACGAUUACGCGCUGGAUGCGGAGUUUGUAGGGAACUACGGCCGCUUCGCCAACGAUCCACGAAGUAUUGAGGGGUCCAGUGCCAAUUUAACCGCCGAAAGUCGGUUCAAUUCCCGCGGUGAGCCCUUCACGGCGCUAGUGGCGCGUCGGCAAAUCAACGAGGGCGAGGAAAUAUUGAUGGCGUACGGUAAAGCACAUAGCCUAAGUCCAUCACCCUGGGUAAAUCCACGUGGUGAGCUUCUCCUGCAGUACCGCUGUGGUGGUAUCAUACCGUUCCCGAAUCUAGUGCCACCUGGAACGAAUCAAGGUGAAGGUGUUGGUCCCUUCUCUGAUGAAAAACAGGUGAAGACGGCUGAUGGAAACGCUGACGCGCCGUUUUCCAAUGAAACGGCACCUGCUGCCUUGCCAGUAUCAGCGGAUCCCAUCGCUGCGUAUCAUAUUACCUGGGAGUGCACGCAGUGUGGAAUGUGGAACAUUUGCUCAGACUCAUCCAUGUUGAAAAUUGAUUACUGCAGCCACUGCCGCACUCCCAAGUUAGCCGGCGCCAAACUCGUUUCUGUGCUUAGUACCCCGCCGAUUACCGCUGAGUCCUUGGCAACGGAGGGUGGAAUUCCAGUACCCUCAGGCAUGGAAGCCAUUUUCCCGACUGAACGAAAUUCCCCUCAUUCUCAUGCCGAUGCGAGCUCGCUUUCAACACACCAACUGUCGAUGUUGUCGCCACAGGCAUCUGCCGCUGGAUCAUUUCCUUCGAAUCCCAAAAAACGGAAGCGCGCGUCGUCUGAUCAUGCUUCAGCUUCCACAGCUUUAAGCAAUCCCCUUGGGGGAAACUCUCAGCUGAACUCUCCAUCGAGUGUUUGUGUUAGUCCAACGAAUCAUACCCCUGGAUACAGUUCCGUGCGUGUGGACUGGCCUAUGAAUAUUCCCUUUUUGCCAUGGCAAGUCUGGGAUAACGCUAUUUCGAUGGUUGCUAUUAGCCGGUACUCAAGGUUUGUGCCCCACGAACAUGUAUUUCUCUACAACGUUAAUAGCCAUGAAGAACACGAAGAAGGGGAGGACGACGACACUCUAGGAGGCGAAAGCUCGAGUCCAAAAGAGCACUUAAUUCGAAUGCAUGGAAGAGGCAUGACAAGUUCCUCGGGCAAGCAUGCUCAACAAACAGCAGCCUCGUGCAUCGCAGCAUCCGGUGGGAUUAAAAUGUUUCAGACACCCAAAAGGCGAGGCCGACCGCCACAUAAGUCCAGCGUGGGAAUAAAUGCCGAUUACCGUAUAAGACAAGAAUCGGUAGUAGCGACCACCGGUGGGGACUCCAACGAUUCCCUCUUGCAGCAUUCAGGUGAUCGUGACGCUUCGAGGCCCUUGGCGAAAACUUUAGAAAAACAUCACCUAACCUUUUCACAUAGUUUACUGCAGGCUCACCCGAGUAUAGAAUGUUUUACCCUUUUGCACACUCGUCGGCCUUCACGGAGGCGUGGAUGCGACGACACCAUAGAUCCGUGGCCGACCCCCUUGGAGGCCACGCGCCGGCUCCUGUUGAGCAUGACGCGCCGGCAAUUCUCCGGCACGGCUUUCCAUCCUGGCGACCUGGUUGGGUAUAUGGGGGGGUCUAUUUGCCCGAUUAACGACACCCGAUGCCGCCCUGGGAACUCCCCACUUGCCAUCCCAAUGAAGUAUCUCAUUCCUCGCCGCUGGCGGCGGGCGCGGGGCGGCCGCACGACGGCCCCUCUUCAUGAGGCGCCAAACCGCGGUGAGGAUGCCGUCACGGCCGCGUCGGCUGCCGUGGACGAGGAGGCGAGGGACUUCCUCGCGCGCCUCUCCUCCCUCUGCCUGGUCGUGACGAACGACAUGAUGUUCUGCCCCUGCCUCGCUUUAGCCGAUGCCGAGGACGACGCGGUUGAGCCUCAGACGGCUGUGGAAGGGGGAGGGGAAGGCCUCUCACCAGCGCCCGACCCCGCGCUGAUGGAAGAGGCGGACGCCCUCCUCAAGUCGUGUAACAUCGCGCCCGUGCUCACCCUCGACGCCCUCGGCAGCCCUUUUGUCGGGCUCGUGGCAACCCGAUCUAUCACCGCCUUUGAGCCGCUGAUGGUGCGAACCCAGUGA